GGCAAUGCCUUCUGGUUACGGCGGAGGCCACGGUAGUGAACAGUUGAUCGGCAUUCCCGAUCUUUCCAGCUACGAAAAACUGGUGUAUCCUCAUCUGGAUAUCCAGGAUCUUGGAUCAUCUUCGCACGGAGAUCUUCCAGCCAAAGAGGUUAAAGUUAUCAGGACCAUCAAAAUCUCAGUACCUCACCCUGUGCCCAUCAAGGUACCACACAAGGUACCGUUCCCAGUCCCAAUAGUCAAACCAUACCCAGUCCACGUUACCAAACUGGUUGAGGUACCGCAUCCAGUCCCAGUCGAAGUUGUCAAGAAAAUCCCCGUCCCAGUAGAAAUACCAAAACCAUACCCAGUUCCACAGCAAGAGUACAACUCUCAAUCAGGCUCCGGAUCUUCCGGAUAUGAUAACGCCUGGCAACCAUCUUCCGCCAGUGGUCAAGGAUAUCAAUUGCCUUCCAGUGGACAGUACGAAGGUGAGGGUUACAGCGGACACGCCGAUCAGUCGGCAGGGUAUGCCUCCGUCGUUCCAGCUCAACAAAACUAUGGUGAACAGCAGCAGCAGCAACAAGAACAACAGCAAAGUUACGACGAUGGCCAGGAUCACCAAUAACAUACUAGU